AUGAACAAUCCAAAUCCACGAGUCAAAUCUUGGUGUUUUCACAAUUCAAGAUCAAUUCCAAGUGAAAGACAAGAGAAAACUGAGUUCUGGGGUGGAAAAGUACGAGAGCCAACUCAAAACCUAAGUGGAACCGGUGAAGAAAUUCCGCGGCCGCGACCAUCUCCGAGGCCGCGAGCUCAUCUGGCCAGUUUUGGGAUGUUUUGGGCAGCUCGCGGCCGCGACGGCGACAACAACUUAGAUGAGAGGGGUCGGCGGAGCGAUGGAUUGGCAAAUCCGCUGGGAGUAAGGCGACAUCCUACAAAUCCCUCAAGUCCACCAUCGACAAGAGCCUCCAAAAAGCUCGAGACAAUGAAGACGACCGACGCAAACCCCACCACCGCGGCCCUUCUCAAGAAAUCGUCCAAGAACAAGAAGAUGGACCAUGUAGAGACCUUGCUGAAGGAGUCCAGCCGCGACCUCUCGAUGUUCAAGUUCAAAUCCGACGCGCACAAAAAAUGA